ACUGUUUUUCGGUAUUCCGGAAAAACGAUGCGUUUCAACGACGCUUACUUGAUAAUAAUUCGUUUUGUUUGAUCACUGCACGCCAAAUUCGGUGAUAAUUACGUUCUUCAGUGUUAAUUUCUGUGAGUGUGGAUUAUUUGUAUUAAACAUACACCAUGAGUCAGAAGGUGUCCCGCAAAACGGCGGUCAGUGAAGAAGUAGAAAAGAGAAACAGUCCAGUAAAAGAGAUGAAAAAGAAAAUGGCCGCGAAUGCAGAGAAAGAAAAGCAGGCAGCAGAGAAGGCAACAGAAAAACAAACAGAGAAACCAGUAGAAAAGCCAGCAGAAAAAGAGAAAGCUACUGAAAGUAAAUCUGACAAACACGAGAAGAAAGAAAAGGCCGAGAAGAAUGCUGAGAAACAGACUAAAGAAGACCAGAAGAAACCCGAACCGCAACCAGAAAAGACCAAGGAAACCCAGAAGGAUGAUAAGGAAAAGAAUGGAAAGCCAGAGAAAACUGAAGCGAAAAAGCCGGAAACGUCAAAACAAAACGGCAAACAGAACGGGCGCGAUCGCGUGCACAACGGAGUGUCUGACGUGACGCUCGGUACCAACGGAACUGAUGACGUAUUAAACGGAACGGUGAGUGCGGACUCUGAAGACGAUGACGUCAUGCUCGUCAUCGACGACAACGAUGAAAACGACCAGGAUGACUUGUUCCCGGAGCUGACGUACGAAGAUACGUCUGACGGAGACUGUUUCGAACUGCCCACCCCCGAAAGUGGGCCCAGCCGAAGCCUGACGCGACGAUCACAGGUGAAAGCGACGCGGACGCCCGAGACGCCGCGCCCUGCGUCAGACAAACAAACAGACAAGGAUGCCGACGAUCCAAAAGACAAAGUUUUGAAACUCAAAGAAGAUGCAACAGUGGCCACAGACAGGAAGCUAAGGUCCUCAAACUCUCCGAAACCUCAAGAAGGAAAGAAGGACUCGAAGAAGGAUAAACUUGAGUCUCCAACGAAGAAUGAAGGGCUGCAGAAAGUUGAUGAGAAAGACGAAGAUGCUGGAAAAGGGAAAGAAACAGAAGUGGAGUCAGAGAAUACACUGGAAGUGCCUGGAAACGAGGAGGAGGAGCCGCGCAAGACCGACACCAACUUCUCCAAGUCGCGAGUCAAGGUCUCCCCCUACCGGCGCAGCAUGAGGAUCGCAGACCAGACCAAUACUUCGCUGCAGGCCAACUAUACAGGCAAUAACACAACAAUGGAGAUGGACAUAUCAGAGUCGUCGGUCCUAGAAGAAGGUACAAUGGACGACAGCUCCUACCUACGUGGACUGCGCAGUAUCCGCGGCCGUUCCUCCUACAAGCCGCUCAAGGAGAUCACGCUCAGACAUCUCACUAGCAGGACUCGGACUACCACUACCACUACUACGCCUGUAGCAUCACCAGCCCCUUCGACUGAGUCCCACAGCCGUCCCACCGGCACGGUGGUGGGGCGCAAGCGCAAGCCGGACACGGAGGACGUGGAGCUCGCCGUCGAGGCCGCGGAGGCCGCGGAGGCCGCGCCCACCAAGCGCAUGCGUGUACUCGACCGACUCGCCGAGCCAUUCCGACGCGUCGCCGCCGCCGCCGCGCUACCUACGGUCGCCAGGAGAAACGCUGAGAUCGUUGGCAUCAACACAGACUUACCGCUAACGGCUCCAGUGGCAACGACCGAAACGUUUGACCCAGAGUCACUGAAGCCCGCACCCACCGGUCCGCCGCCGCUGGUCCCAUCCUCCGAACCUGUCGCCGUCCCACUCGUACACGACGAGAAAGAUAACAAGAGGUGUAUCAUCAUGUAGGGGCCGAACAAUGGGAAGUAUCGCGCAAAUGUCUUUAUCAGCAUGAGCCAAAAAGAGCUCUAUAAAUAUCCCGCUAGAUGAAUGGGAUAAACGUCAAAAGUCAACGACUUUGACAUGUUUCAAAUUUGACGUAUGUCAGUGUGACGUAUAUGUCAUUUGUCUAGCGGGGCUGGAAAGAUGAUUGCAUUAGUUCCGCGGUUAGCGUUGUUAAGACUGUAAGAACUAGCUCUGGCUAGACGGUCUGGUUAUCAGAUAUUAGAUAAAUGAUAUUUUCUUGGCGGAUACAAUUUAUAGAUGCGGUUUUUGAUGUUAGAGUUGAAGGCAUUGUGUAAGGUUAUGAAGUGACAGUGACAGAUACACAUAAA